AUGAGCAGUCCUGAACAGUCGCAGGCUCCGCCUGCCACUGCAACACAAAACCCCCCUGCGACGAACAGCUCCGCAUCGCAAACUCCUCCCACAGACGCACAAAAUGGCGCAAACGCGAAAUCAAAAGCACCCAACCAAAACCAGAAUCAGAAACAGAAACAGCCGCAGAAACCCAAAGCGACCGACGCAACCGCUGCUGAUGGAUCGGGCGAAAAACUUAGCCCCGCCGAGAUGAAGAAAAAACAAAAGGCUGAAAAGGCUGCUCGUCGAGCGCGCGAAAAAUUGGAGAGAGAAGGUGGUGCUGCUGCUGGAGCGGGCGCGGCCGGAGGUGCUCAGCAGGGUGCUCAGCAGGGUGCUGUACAGGGAGGUCCAGUACAGACACCCAGAAGGCCUCAACAAGGUGGCAGAGAUGGACUAGCAUCAACGCCUAGGGGCCCAAGAUUUGCUGGUGGCGCUCGUGGUACGCCAUUGCCCACUCCAACAGAAACAAAAAAGAAGGAAGACAAGAAUGUCGCGGUAUUCGGGCAUCUGUACGGCAUCCCUAGGCGCUCAACUAUUGCUGGAGCAGCGAAAGAGGUUCACCCGGCUGUUUUGGCAUUGGGCUUGCAGAUUCGAGAUUAUGUUAUUUGUGGUAGUAGCGCACGAUGUGUUGCAACUUUGAUUGCAUUCAAACGGGUCAUUGAAUCCUAUACUACACCGAUUGGCACCUCUCUUGCGCGUCACCUAACAACCCACCUUUCUCACCAAAUCACUUAUCUUUCCACCUGCCGCCCUCUCUCCAUCAGCCAGGGAAACGCAAUUCGCGCAUUGAAAUUGUCCAUCUCUUCCAUUGACCCGUCUGUUCCCGAAGCGACCGCCAAAACAGAACUGUGCGAAUUCAUCAACAACUUUAUCCGAGAGAAAAUCACCGUCGCCGAUCAGGUCAUUGCGACCAGUGCAACGCAAAAGAUUCAAGACGGCGAUGUCAUUGUUACUUUUGCUGGAAGCUCGAUUGUGAAACAGACCCUGAUCACGGCACACAAGCAAGGGAAGAAGUUUAGGGUGUCGGUUAUCGACUCGCGACCUUUGUUCGAAGGUAAAAACCUUGCUCGUGCGUUGUCUAGUGCUGGUCUGGACGUUCAGUAUUCUCUUAUACACGGUAUAAGUCACGCCAUGAAAGACGCGACCAAAGUCUUCCUCGGGGCUCAUGCCAUGACCGGUAACGGACGACUAUACUCGCGCGUUGGCACUGCUUUAGUGGCGAUGUCAGCCAAAGAACGAUCCGGCGGCGCCGAGAUUCCAGUCAUCGUCUGCUGCGAAACGGUCAAAUUCACCGACCGAGUCGCCCUCGACAGCAUUGUCGUCAACGAGAUCGCGGACGCUGACGAACUCAUCACAAAACAACCCUUAUCACAGGUCACGGGUCGUCCAGACCCACACAAGACUGUUGACGAGAAACCCGGAAAGAAGGGAAACAAUCAAAACGUCACUGAUGGAAUCGCAAGUCUGACUCUAGACCAGAAUGCGCCGUCCCCCUUGACCGGGUGGAAGGAUACGCCGAACUUGCAACUUCUCAACAUCAUGCAUGAUGUGACUCCAGCAGAGUAUGUCGAUAUGGUGGUGACGGAAAUGGGUAGUUUGCCGCCGAGUGCUGUGCCGAUUGUUCAUCGCAUGAGUACCAACUCUUGAUUGUAUUCCUAUCGCAGGAUUUAUUGUAUCAGAUGUACUAUCUUCCAAACAUGUAACUUGGCUAUGAAUGUGGAGGCGUUGGGAUAAAGGGUUCGUUGAUAGACGACUAUUCCUAUGUCAAAUUCGGCUGUAUGUUUGAUAGCAAAUCUAGUUACAAAGGCUAUAUCUAUGUG